AUGAGGAGGAAAGGGAAGGCAAACGGAAAAGAAUCUUGGGCUGGGGGAACGGGGGAAGUGAGCAAAGGCGGAGCUGAUGUUUCGGAAGCCCACUUUUUUCCAAUAGGUCGUGUUAAGUUUCUCCCUGUGUCCUCCAUCCGUCCCCCUCUCACUGCGUCGUCCCGUCUGCGUAUCGAGUUCAUAGCGGAGAACGAGCUGGUGUCCAUCGUGCCCAACUUCCGAGCCGACGCGCUGCACCUCCACGCCGGCGACAUUGGGCCGUUCAGGCCUCAGAUUGCCCUGCAGGUGCCGCUAUGGCUGGCCAUCGCUCUCAAGAAGCGCGCCAAGUGCUCCAUCCAGCCGCCUCCCUGGCUUGCUGCAGAUCGGUUGACAGAGAUACUGGAAGCAGAGAGGGAGAAUGAGGGCUUUCAACAAAUGCCUUUCCACUAUAUUGAGAUCUCCCAGCUCCUCUUCUCAGCAGAAAAGUAA